AUGUCGUCGGCCAACUUGACUUUUCGCUGUUCACUCAAAAUACGACCGGUUGAGAAAAGAAAGUAUGUUAUUUUAUGCAAAUUUUCAGUUCAAGAGUUUAAUUUUUAAAAAUUGAAAAUGAUUUGAAAUGGCUUUUAUUUGGCAGUUUUUCUGGAAAUUUUUAUUGUUUAUAGGCUUAGGUUUUAAUUGUUUUUAUGUUAGUAGGCUUAUGGUUUUUUGUUUUUUUUAAUGUUAUUAGGCUUAGGUUUUUAUGGUUUUAUUUGUUUGUAGGCUUAAUUUUUUUUUGAUUUUAUUUAUUUUUAGGUUUAAAUUUUUAAUAUUUUUGUUAUUAGGCUUAAAUUUUUAUUGUUUUUUUUGUUUUAGGCUUAGGUUUUUGAAAUUUUGUGUUACUAGGCUUAAGCUUUAUUAAUUUUUGUAUUGUUAGGCUUAGUUUUUUUCAUUUUUUGUGUUAGGCUUAGCAGUUUUCAUUUUUUUGUUGUUAGGCUUAAAUAUUUUUAUAAUGUUUAUAAAAGUCAUUAGGCUUAUAUAUAGUAAUAGUUUUUUUAGGCUUAAACUUUAUUUUUAAGCUUAUUUGAUGCUUAGAUAAUUUUAAAUUAUUUUUAGGCUUAGCUUAAACUUGACUGUAGAAAAUGUUAAUCUUUAGGCUUAACUUUAGCCUAAGGGUUCAAAUUUAUUACCUAAUUUUAAGCAUUUCCAGACCAAAUUUUUGGACCAUGUACAUGUUGAUCAGCUACAGUUUUGUGACGAUUCUGACCGUGAGCUACUGGGCCGUGGGAUGCGGCGGAAAGAAGGCACCACCUCCAGACGCCGCAACUCCACCAGCCGGUGGUGCACCACCUGCCGGCGCACCUGCUGGCGAUGCUCCGCCAGCUUAA